AUGCUUGACAUCCGCGCAGAACGGAAGAGCUGGAACUUGAAACCGGCCUUUGGAGCGGUCGGCUCAGGGAGAUACGAGGCACUAGGAGGGGAGCAAUCUAAGUGUGCAUGCCCUGGCAAGGUCAGCAGCAAAGUCGAGAGUCAAAUCCCUGUACCCGUGAAGGGGGGACAGAAGGGAAACGAGAAUACACUCUCCCAGGGCUCCGUAAGGAUUGUGGCUCUGUUUUUAGUGGCAAUCGUGCAGCGAGGCAACGUGGCAGACAGGAUCAACUUACCAGAUUGGACCUUGUCGCCGUUUGAAUCAUGCCCUGAGGCGGCUAAGAUUGUGAUCCUGGCUGGGGUCUUCGUGUGA